UCUCUGAUUGGCCGGAAGAAUAGAGGGCAUUUUCGACGAGUCGUGGAGUUGCUCUAAAUAAUAGUACUUUCUUUAAAUCAAUUGAAUUUAAUUAGACUUGAGGUAGACAAACAGGUUAAACGCAAUAAAGAAAAAGAGGAAAUGAGACCGAGAUAAAUGCCUCCAGAAAAUCAAAUUUCUUAGUAGGUGCGAUGAUUGGUUAAAAUGCUUUACAACCAAAGGCGGGACUAAGGAUAACACUCAAGCCAUAUGAUUGGUCUAAAUUGUUUAAGGGUGACGACAAUUGGCUACAAUGUUCGGCUUCAGCUUGUGAUGCACCGGAAGUGAAACUGGAGCUAGGUGUUGCUAGCACAAAGCGUGAGUGUUUUCAGCGAUUUAACGCCUUAUUUAAGAUUUCGCAGUAUAUGAUAUGGACGUUAAGUCGAAUUUCAUUAACAAAUGAGGUAUAUUGACUAGUUUUUUAGUCGUACGAUUUUCAAUUUCAGCCAGUCGAGGAGGUGCUUGAAUGUGUUGACGUUAGCUUGCAGUCAAUGAGAUUUAACAACAUAUUUUUCAAACGAUAAUAAUAUUAUUAGUACACUGUUGUUAGAAAUAUCAAGAUGUCUGACAGUGACGGGCCACCACCGGAGCCCGCGGGACUGGAAGGUUUGCCUCCGCUCUACAGCAUCUCAAAGGGGGAAGUGGUUUCCGUGCAAACGUAUGGAGCGUUUGUGCGCCUGCCAGGCUACAAAAAGGAAGGUCUGGUCCAUGUAAGCGAGAUGUCAGCCACACGUAUCGAGAGCGCCGCAGAAGUUGUGGAUGUUGGAGAGAAAGUGUGGAUUAAAGUCAUCAGAAGAGAGAUAAAUGGUGACAAGGUCAAACUGUCCUUCUCGAUGAAAUCUGUCAAUCAAGGAACAGGCCGGGACUUGGACCCCAACAAUGUUAUGGCUGAGCAGGACGCGAGGCGGCGGAGGCAGUUUCGAGACCACACGGGCAAUAGGAUCACGCUAGAAGCUGUGCUCAAUACCACCUGCACUAAAUGUGGCUGCAAAGGCCAUUUUACUAAGGACUGCUUUUCUGCUCCCGGAUUGCAGUACGCACUAGUGCCUGAAGAGGGCGACGAGGAGCCACAGCAACAGCAGACAUCUGCAACAGCAGCACAGAAAGACAAAGACAAGAAGAAGAAAAAGAAGGAGAAGAAGACAAAGAAAAAGCGGAAACGCGAGAGGAAAGAAUCGGACAGCGACAGCAGCACCAGCGACGGCGGUGAGUGCAAACCCAAGAGGAGAUGUCACGAGCGAGACGAUGACAACAAGCGCAAGAAAAAACACAAGAAACAUAAAACGCACAAGCACAGAUGAAGCGCACGCAUGCAAAAUGGCCGGCACUGAGGACCAUUUCAGUUUCAAGUUUGGAUUUUUAAUGUUCUAUUGUCAUUUUUAUGUUGCUGGCGAGACAAACAUUUGGUUCUUGGAACUUUUCGCUCGGAACGGUGAGUCCAUGACCUCAAAUGUCCCAAGACCAGAUCUGCUUACAUUGUUUUUUAUGUUGCUGACAAGACAAGACUGAAAGUAGACAUUGUAUUUCCACCUCAAUUUAUAGAACUUUUGGUUCUGGUACCUGGUUCUGUUGAAUCAUAGGUUUCUUGAAGUAAAAGUACUCAUUGCUUUUCCACUUAAGAUUUGGGGAGCUUUGUAUCCUGAGUACUUUAUAAAGUACUCAGAAUACAAAUAAUCUUAUUUCCAUCUAAAGAUCAAGGAACCUCUUCCUACUUUUGUUAAUUUAUGUCCUGAGAUGUCCUCAACCUCUGUGAAGUUGGCUCCCCAUCAGAAGUUAAUUUAUAUGAUAAUGAUGCCAAUCGUUUGUGCUGUAAAAAGUUUUGUUUGUGGUGCUAUCGUUUAUGAUUUUUUUGUAGGUUAAUCCGAGGUCAACCGGCCCUCCAUUUUGAUUAAAAAUGGCUUAAAAUGGUGUUAAUCAUUUAUGCUUCGUUUGUGCUGUAAAAAGUUUUGUUUUUGCUGCCAUCGUUUUUGAGAUAUUGAGAUAUUAAUUUCGAGUCAUGACAUCACUUGCAGCUUUUUCGCAUCCAACGUAGCACAAACAAAUGGCAUCCCUUCAGGUCCAUUUUGCAAUAAGUGGGGGUCUUGAGACAUUUUAGUGAUGACGUGACCUAGUGCUACGUUUUUUGUAGUUGUUGGGACACCCCUAUGUUAGUGAGAGAGUUGUUGCGCUCUAUCAGCUAUGGGAGUUUGAUACGGAAAAGCUGCAAGUGACGUCAUCACUCGAAAUUUAUAUGUACACUGCUGGCCAAAAGUAUUGGCACCCCUGCAAUUCUGUCAGAUAAUGCUCGAUUCCUCCCAGAAAAUGAUUGCAAUUACAAAAGCUUUGGUAUUAAUAUCUUCAUUUAAUUUGCUUGCAAUGAAUACAAAAAAAUAAUAUGGAAAAAAAAUUGAAUCAUUAUCAUUCUACACAAAACUCCAAAAAUUGGCAGGACAAAAGUAUUGGCACCCUUUGAAAAGAAAUCAUGUGAUGCGUCUCUAAUUUGUGUAAUUAACAGCACUUGUUACUUCCCUUUGGCAAUAACUAAAUCACACUUGCAGCCAGUUAAAAUGGAUUAAAGUUGACUCAACCUGUGUCCUUGUGCGUACCACAUUGAGCAUGGAGAAAAGAAAGAAGACCAAAGAACUGUCUGAGGAAUUGAGAAGCAAAAUUGUGAGGAAGCAUGGGCAAUCUCAAGGCUACAAGUCCAUCUCCAAAGACCUGAAUGUUCCUAUGUCUACCGUGCGCAGUGUCACCAAUAAGUGUAAAGCCCAUGGCACUGUGGCUAACUUCCCUAAAUAUGGACGAAAAAGAAAAAUUGACGAGAGAUUUCAACGAAAGAUUGCACGGAUGGUGGAUAAAAAAAGCUUGACUAACAUCCCAACAAGUUCAAGCUAUCCUGCAGUCUGGGGGUACAACAGUGUCAACCCGUACUCUCCGUCGGCAUCUGAAUGAAAAGUGACUCUAUGGUAGGAUACCCAGGAAGACCCCACUUCUGACCCAGAGACAUAAAAAAGCCAGGCUGGAAUUUGCCAAAACUUACCUGAGAAAGCCGAAAACGUUUUGGAAGAAUGUUCUCUGGUCUUUUGGGAAAAGGCUUCAACAUAGAGUUUACAGGAAAAAAGCGAGGCCUUCAAAGAAAAGAACAAAGUCCCCACAGUCAAACAUGGCAGAGGUUCCCUGAUGUUUUGGGGUUCCUUUGCUGCCUCUGGCACUGGACUCCUUGACCGUGUGCAUGGCAUUAUGAAGUCUGAAGACUACCAACAAAUUUUGCAGCAUAAUGUAGGGCCCAGUGUGAGAAAGCUGGGUCUCCCUCAGAAGUCAUGGGUCAUCCAGCGGGACAAUGACCCAAAACACACUUCAAACAGCACUAGAAAAUGGUCUUGAGAGAAAGCACUGGAGACUUCUAAAGUGGCCAGCAAUGAGUCCAGACCUGAAUCCCAUAGAACACCUGUGGAGAGAUCUGAAAAUGGCAGUUUUGGAGAAGCCACCCUUCAAUUCUCCAAAGAAGAAUGGUGUAAAAUUCCAGCAGAGCAUUGUCAGAAACUCAUUGAUGGAUACCUGAAGCGGUUGUUCGCAGUUAUUUCGUCUAAAGGUUGUGCUACCAAGUAUUAGGCUGAGGGUGCCAAUACUUUUGUCCGGCCCAUUUUUUCAGUUUUGUGUAAAAUGAUAAUGACAAAAAAAUUUUUUUCAUUCUGUUCAGUGUUUUUUCAUUACAAGCAAAAUAAAUGAAGAUAUUACUACCAAAGCAUUUGUAAUUGCAAUCAUUUUCUGGGAUAAACUGAGCGUUUUCUGACAGAAUUGACAGGGUGCCAAUACUUUUGGCCAGCUGUGUGUAAAACGAUAGCAGCACAAACGUAGCAUAAAAGAAUGGCACCAUUUUAUGUCCAUUUUCGAAUAAAUUAGGGGCUGUGUGAUGUCAUCACUCGAAAAUAAUAGCUCAACACCUCAAAAACAAUAGUACAAACUAAACGUUUUACAGCAUAAACGAUUUGCACCAUUUUUAGCCAUUUUUAAUGAAAAUAGGGGGCUGGUUGACCUCGAAUUGACCUGUAAAAGAAUUGUAAAUAUCUUCAAAACUAUAGCAACACAAUUGAAACUUUUUACAACACUAAGGUCAUUGGCGGAGUUUGACUUUUGUGGCAGGGGGGCAAAACAUGUUGAUGACCCCAAACGCGAUGUCAGCAAUAAAAUUAACUUAUAAGAUAUACAGUGGGGCAAAUAAGUAUUUAGUCAACCACUAAUCGUGCAAGUUCUCCCACUAGAAAAGAUUUGAGAUUCCUGUAAUUAUCAACAUGGGUAAACCUCAACCAUGAGAGACAGAAUGUGGGGGAAAAACAGAAAAUCACAUUGUUUGAUUUUUAAAGAAUUUAUUUGCAAAUCAUGGUGGAAAAAAAGUAUUUGGUCAAUACCGAAAGUUCAUCUCAAUACUUUUUUAUGUACCCUUUGUUGGCAAUAACGGAGGCCAAACGUUUUCUGUAACUCUUCACAAGCUUUUCACACACUGUUGCUGGUAUUUUGGCCCAUUCGUCCAUGCAGAUCUCCUCUAGAGCAGUGAUGUUUUGGGGCUGUCGUUGGGCAACACGGACUUUCAACUCCCUCCACAGAUUUUCUAUGGGGUUGAGAUCUGGAGACUGGCUAGGCCACUCCAGGACCUUGAAAUGCUUCUUAUGAAGCCACUCCUUUGUUGCCCUGGCUGUGUGUUUGGGAUCAUUGUCAUGCUGAAAGACCCAGCCAUGUCUCAUCUUCAAUGCCCUUGCUGAUGGAAGGAGAUUUUCACUCAAAAUCUCUUGGUACAUUGCCCCAUUCAUUCUUUCCUUUACACAGAUCAGUCGUCCUUGUGCCUUUGCAGAAAAACAGCCCCAAAGCAUGAUGUUUCCACCCCCAUGCUUCACAGUGGGUAUGGUGUUCUUUGGAUGCAAUUCAGUAUUCUUUCUGCUCCAAACACGAGAAACCUGUGUUUCUACCAAAAAGUUCUAUUUUGGUUUCAUCUGACCAUAAAACAUUCUCCCAGGCCUCUUCUGGAUCAUCCAAAUGCUCUCUAGCAAACCGCAGACUGACCUGGACGUGUACUGGCUUCAGCAGGGGGACAGGUCUGGCAGUGCAGGAUUUGAGUCCCUGGCGGUGCAUUGUGUUACUGAUAGUAGCCUCUGUUACUGUGGUCCCAGCUCUCUGUAGGUCAUUCACUAGGUCCCCCCGUGUGGUUCUGGGAUUUUUGCUCACCGUUCUUAUCAUUUUGACGCCACAGGGUGAGAUCUUGCAUGGAGCCCCAGAUCGAGGGAAAUUAUCAGUGGUCUUGUAUGUCUUCCAUUUUCAAAUAAUUGCUCCCACAGUUGAUUUCUUUACACCAAGCGUUUUACCUAUUGCAGAUUCAGUCUUCCCAGCCUGGUGCAGGUCUACAAUUUUGUCUCUGGUGUCCUUCGACAGCUCUUUGGUCUUGGCCAUAGUGGAGUUUGGAGUGUGACUGAUGGAGAUUGUGGACAGGUGUCUUUUAUACCGAUAAUGAGUUAAAACACGUGCCAUUAAUACAGGUAACGAGUGGAGCCUCGUUAGAAGAAGUUAGACAUCUUUGACAGCCAGAAAUCUUGCUUUUUUGUAGAUGACCAAAUACUUAUUUUCCACUCUAAUUUGGAAAUCUUUAAAAAUCAAACAAUGUGAUUUUCUGUUUUUUUUCCCACAUUCUGUCUCUCAUUGUUGAGGUUUACCCUUGUUGACAAUUACAGGCCUCUCUAAUCUUUUCAAGUCGGAGAAUUUGCACAAUUGGUGGUUGACUAAAUACUUAUUUGCCCCACUGUAAAUGGGGGGCUGUGUGAUGUCAGCACUCGAAAUUAAUAUCUCAAUACCUUAAAAAUGCUAUCAUAUGACAUCAUUUUCACAUAAAUUUGUGUCUGAUUGGGGGCCAACUUCACGGAGGUAUGUCCCCAUCUUGUUUUUGCAUGCAAGUCCCGACCCGAUACCUCGGAAAUGUAUUAAGGAGGGAAAAAUAGCACCUCCAAAUUAUGUCCCGACCCCCCAUUUAAACAAAGCUAUCCAAUAUUACAGCCAUAUAAAAAAGUUAUUUACAAGAAAAAAAAGUUUGUUGUGUAAAUAUGGAGUUUAAAAUGUACUGUGUAUUUUUUGCGUUAUACCUCAGGAUUAUUUUAUUGAUAAUAGCUCUUUCACUGACAGUUAUAGACAUACAUUUUUAAAAAAUUGUGGAGGCUUGCAUUGAGCGAUCAAGUUUCCCUGCCUUUGACGGCGAUAGACGUCCAAUGCCGUUUGACUGGGGGGGCGGUCCCAGUCAAAAUGGAUUGGAUUUCUAUCGCAGUUAAUGGCAGCCAAUGAGAUAAUACUUGAAUAAAUACAUGAUAUAAAGCUGAUCCAUAGACUUCAUAAUGGUAUUGACGGUUCAGAUCGGUCAUGCACUGCACCUCGCCUUCAAGUAACGGGCCGCCCACAUCAAGAGGAGCUAUUCACAAACACGUACACAUGCAGCGGUCUAACACCGGAUUUCUGUUGAAAAAGUACAAAAGCUGUACUGUAUACAAACAGGAAGGAUUGCAUCAAGAGUGAUUUUUUUUUUGGAGGAUUCAAGGUAAUUAUAUUUUUCAUACCAUGCAUGCAUUUUGAAAUGUGAAAAAAAUCAAUGAGAGAAAUUAGCUGCUACUGCAUCGGCAUCAUAGUUCGCAAUAUUUAAAAUAUGUGCUAACUGCAUGUUUUUUUUUUUUUUUUUUGCUUUUAACCAAGAAUCAAGACUGUUUUACGUCCAUAUCUUUCAAGAAUUCGGGGAUUUAAGCAUUUAUCCACAAGAAUUUUCCCCGGAAAAGCUGUUUCCAUAAGGCGGCCGCUAGCUACAUUCACUAACAGACUAGCAUCGUACUUUGACAUAAUUACAUAAAAUAAAUGCUAACUGAACCUUUUUUUUUUUUUUUUUUUUUGCUUUUAACCAAGAUCCGAGACUUUUACGUCCACAUCUAUGGAGAAGUAAGGGAUUUAGGCAUUUAUUUGCAAAAAGUUUCACCGGGAAAGCUCUGUUUACAUAAGGUGGCCGCUAGCUACAUUCGCUAACAGACUAGCAUUGUACUUUGACAUAAUUACGUAAAAUAAAUGCUAACUGCACGUUUUUUGUUGUUUUUUUUGCUUUUAACCAAGAAUCAAGACUGUUUUAUGUCCAUAUCUAUAAAGAAUUCGGGGAUUUAAGCAUUUAUUUACAUGCAUUUUCACCGGAAGAGCUCUGUUUACAUAAGGCGGCCGAUAGCUACAUUCACUAAGAGACUAGCAUUGUUCUUCGACAUAUUUACGUAACAUAAAUGCUAACUGCAAGGUUUUCUUUGCUUUUAACCAAGAAUCGAGACUGUUUCACUUCCGUAUCUAUCAAGAAUUCGGGGGUUUAAGCAUUUAUUAACAAGAGUUUUUACCGGAAAAGCUGUGUUUACAUAAGGUGGCCGCUAGCUACAUUUUACUAACAGACUAGCAUUGUACUUCGACAUAUUUACGUAAAAUAAAUUUUUCCUGCACGUUUUUUUGCUUUUCUAUAUAUGCAUAUCUAUAAAGAAUUCAGGGAUUUAAGCAUUUAUUCACAAGAAUUUUCAACGAAAAAAGCUCUUUGUGAUUUCAUUUGGUCAGCUUUGACGGCCUCGCCAACAAUGCAUGCCCCAUAUUUAUCGGUCCCGCACCCCGUGUCCCAUCAAUACAUUAUGAAGUCUAUGGCUGAUCUUUUUUACCCGAUUGUAAUCCUUUGAAAAUUAAGUGACUGCGCCCGAUUUCCGAUCACCUGAUCGGAUCUGUGUCAUCAUGGAAAAGUACACCUUUUAAAAAAAAGAAAGAAAGAAAAAGUAUCAUUUUGACCUGUUUUCCACUCACGUUGCUGACAAGACAAAACACUGACAUCCUUCAUUUUGUUAUCUUGUAACCGGAUAGCUGGAAGCAAUAUGGCAGGAAGCGACCACCCUGCCCCUCGUGAGUGAAAUCCUCAUCCAGGUUUACACUUUUUCAUGUCCUGACAUCGGCUCAAGGUGACUGAGGAAGCAGUAAAAACUUAAACAGGAAGUGUAGCGUGCCCCAUACUUCCUCCAUGUUUCUUUGAAUUAAUUCAUUUGCAGGUUGCACCAGGACAAUGAGCCUCAUAAAAAGUCAAUUCUCCUCCUGUCGGUGUCUGAAAAAUAUUUUCAGCCUUGAUUUAUAAUUUCCAGAUGCUGCGCACUACAUUUGGCAAAAACGCGGUUUAAGAUUCCUUGACUGUGGCUUGAAAAACGUCCCGUUGGAAUAUGGAAAAGAGCAUCUGAGGUGUGUGCUUGCCAUGAUUUGAAGAAAAACAUCAGGGAAUUCUUGGCAAGAAUAUUUAGCGUGCAAUCGGAAAUUUUUUUAAGUUUGCCUUUUUUGUGCAAGAACGUUAACCUGGCACGCCAGAUUGAUUAUUCCAUAUAUCCGCUACAAAUACAGUGAGGAAAAUAAGUAAUUGAGCACCCUGCGAUUUUGCAAGUUCUCCCACUUAGAAAUGAGAAAUGCUUGUCCACUGUGAGAGACAAAUCUAGAGGGAAAAAAAAUCCAGAAAUCACUGCAUAAUUUUUUAACUAUUUGUAUUAUACUGCUGCAAAUAAGAAUUUAUGUUG